GUAUUUCUGCUCUGGUGCCGAACGGUAAUAACGGAAUUUCAAUUCAAACUCGAAUUCGAAUUCGAAAAAGGGAAAAAAGAGGUUGUAGAUCGAUCGUGUGAGCGCUGUGGCUGUGUCCGUUUCUGUGUGUGCGCUAGAGAGUUGUUGUAAUAAUUCUGAAAAAAAAGAAUAGUUCUGAAAUCAAUAAAAAAUUCCCCAAGGAGAAAAGUGCUGACAGUGCUAGCCGGAAAUUGGAACGAUCCACCGUCAACAUAAUUACGCGGCAUAAAACACAAAAAAAGAAAAGCAAACAACCGAUCAAGAGUGACACAGAUUUGGAAUUGGACAAAAACCGAAUACACAACCCAUUGGAUACAUAUUCGUCGCCUGGCUGUGAGUGAGCGAGCAGAUCUAAUACAGAAAUCCAUCAAAAAUGAUGUCCCGAAGAGCUCUGCUAAUUGCCGGACUCCUACUGAUCGUGGGCAGCUCCCUGGUGUUCUCCUACCCCCAGCCCGGCAAUGAGGAGGAUGAAAUGUUGUCGGAUGAUGAUUUCGAGUACGAACAGGAUGACCAGAGUGCCUCCAGUCAACAGACCAAGACUCAGGGUCAAAUUCCAGCCAAAUCUGACAGUACGCCGCCAAACAGAACCGUAACCGUAACGGGCAUCCGCGGCGAGGAUGUGGUCCUUAAGUGCGACCUGGACAUGACCCAGAGCAUUUUGUGGUUCUUCGGGACGAACAUCAUCGCCAAUGGCGGCACUCUGGUGCAGCCCAACUUUAAGCUGGACACUGAAAACUACGACCUGACCAUACUGAAGGCAAGUCCACAGGAUGCCGGCGACUACUACUGCCAGGCCCUGCCACAAGGCUCAGUGCUGAACACCAAGGUGGUCAUUGCAGAACAUUCCUUCGAUGCCAUUGCACCGGAGAGUUCCACCUCCACCGCGUCGAGCAGUCUGCCCAGCCUUCCCUUCUCGCUUCUGUGGGCGGUGCUUACUGGAGUCUGUCUGCUCAAGAUCGGCAGCCAUUAGUUUUAGUAUAGUAUUACAUUUGCAGAGAUAUGUAUGUGCCCUAUCCCUCCCCCCACCCCUUCGCUCUUCACACUUCACUCUCCGAUCUUCUCACAGGAAAAUGAGCAUUUGAAGUCUUUGUUGAUUGUAAAUUUGUGUAUUUGUAAAGACAAAAUCAACUUUAUUUAUUAAAUAAAAAAAAGGAACCAAAGUAUACAGAAACUGCGGCAUGAAAUCAA